AGCCCUAGAUUUAAGGUAUUUCUUCUGGAAGACCCCAGAAGACAAUGGCUUCCACUCUGAUCCUGGGUCUCCUGCUCCUGAUUCCAGCUGCAGCAGGCACAGAAUGGGGUGAUAAUCAAUGUCCAGCAUGUGGAAUGCCCGGUUCAGAUUUUGAGGGGCAACGGGAACUGCUGCUCAACUUGGCAAAGCAAAGUAUCCUGGAUAAAUUGCACUUAACUCAGCGUCCAACAUUGAUCCACCCUGUGUCCAGAGCCACCCUGAGGACUGCACUCCGGCGCCUUCACAAUCCCCAAGGAAGAAUUCUGUCUGGUACCAGUUUAGGGGGUUCUGAGAUUGGAGCUGAGGGACAGGAGUAUGAGAUCAUCAGUUUUGCUGAGACAGGCUACUCUAUUGCCAACAAGACGGUGUUGGAUUUCCGACUCUCCCCAGAUCAAAUCAGAACUAGCUUGGAGGUCCUCCAAAUCAGGUUGGGUUUCUUCUUGCAGAUUCCUCCCAAUGGCACAUGGAGUAUGCAUGUGAAGGUCCUAGUACCUGGACUACAGGACACCAAUCUCAAUUUGACCAACCAGCAACAGCUAGAGGUGUAUUCCAGUGGCUGGUACCAGUUCCUCCUGGGACCUGAAGCGCAGAAUGCUUAUAGUCAGGGACACUUAACCCUAGAAUUGGAGCCCAAAGGCUGGGGCGCCCAGAGCCCAGUUGUCUUGGACAAGGAUGCCCAUCAGCCCUUUAUCAUAGCUCGGGUGAGAACUGGAGAAAAGCACCGACUCCAUCGUCGAGGGAUUGAGUGCCAAGAUGGGUCUCAGAUGUGUUGUCGACAAGAGUUCUUUGUCGACUUCCGGGAGAUUGGCUGGCAUGAUUGGAUCAUUCAGCCUGAAGGUUAUGCCAUGAACUUCUGUACAGGGCAGUGCCCACUCCAUGUGGCAGGUAUGCCAGGAAUUGCUGCCUCUUUCCACACUGCUGUGCUCAACUUGCUCAAGGCUAAUGGGGCCCCAGGAACAGCAGGAGGAGGCUCCUGCUGUGUGCCUACUGCCCGCCGCCCUUUGUCCCUUCUCUACUAUGACCGUGACAGCAACAUUGUCAAGACUGACAUCCCAGACAUGGUGGUGGAGGCCUGUGGCUGCAGUUAAUGUGUAUAAAGGGGGAGGAGGACAAAGAGAAGAAGUCCUCACAUAUAUUCCCUUCUCAUCUCAGGCAGGUUGUUCACAAAUUCCUGACACAACUCAAGAUGGGGAUUCAUCUUUCCCAACAAAAUUCUGGAAAUCCUUUGACUUUCAUCCUGGGUAUUUUUAUCAAGGCAAUCAGUGGUACAGUGAGGGCAUAAAGCACUGAGCCUGGAAUCAGGAAGACAGAGUUCAAAUCUGGCUUCAGAAAUUUGCUAUUUGUAUGACUGGGCAAAUUGCUUCAUCUCUGUGGUUUCCCCAAUUAUAAUAUGGGAAUAAUAAUAGUAUUUACCUUGAAAGAUUGUUGUGAGGAUCAAAUGACAUAAUAUUUGUAAAAAGUGUUUAGCGUAAUACCUGGAACAUAAGGGCUUUAAAAAUGCUUAUUCUGUUCCCUUUCUUGUUCUCCCACAUUCUCAGCCCUUGAGAGUCAACCCAUCAUCUUCUUCAGAAGACAGUUUAGAGCAAAGACUAACCUCUCCUCUUUCUCUCUCUUUCUCUGCUGAGACAAUUGGGAUUAAGAGACUUGCCCAGGAUCACCCAGCAAGGAAGUAUUGUCUGAGGUCGGAUUUGAACUCAGGUCCUCCUGACUUCAGGGCAGGUGCUCUAUCCACUGCCAUCUAGUUGCCCCUAAUCUGUCUUCAACUCACAGAUAUUAUCUAUUUCCAGAACUUUCAUUUAAAGGACCUUCUUUCCUCAUAUACCCAGCCAAAAAGAUCCUUUAUAUCCAUCCAGUGGUUAGGUCUCCCUUGUAUUAGUCUCCCUUACUAGAGGGUUAUUCUAUUCUUCAGUCUAUCCUGAAGCAGGAGACUCCUGCAUCUCCACCUCAGAGACUCCCUUCUUACCCUCUUCCAGACAGAGAUCAUUAUCCUUCAUAACUCACUGAUUGCAUAAGUAUCUCAAUAGACCACCCCUCCUCCUAAAUGAGCUGACCCAGACCCUUCCCUCCUUUUUGAGGGUGGAAAGAUAGGUACAGAUGGGCCUGGAUCUUGAAAAAUAUACUGCCUUGGAAAUACAUACCUACAGCUAUCCCCACCUAUUAGCAAUAUCUAUCUAUAUCUACUUUCGAUAUCUAGAUAUAUCCUAUCUCCUAAAAAUUCCUCCUAGUUAAGGUUCAUCUCUUUUGCCGAUCAUAUCUGUAGUUUCCUUCCUUUCCCUUUCUUCUUCUCUACCUCCCUACCAAUUCUUGACACGCUUGAUUUCCAACCUCUCUAUGCCUCUUCUGCACCAUAUAAAUCUUUUCUCUAAGGCAAAGCUAUUUGUGCUUUCUAUCAUACACUGUACUUCAACAAUCUUCUCGGGUCCUCCCUACUCUAUUCAAACACCACUGAUCUUGUUGCUGGAUACCAAUAAAAACAGAAACAAUUAAAGUUUUGAAGCCCUAUAUUUGAUAUUUCACCUUGUCUUCUAAAUUCAUGUCCCUACAAUGAAUUAUCUUUCCAUUAUCUGGAACACCAUUGAUCUGUGAGGAGUAAAGGUAAGAGAGAGGUGAGACUUCCUAUUAGAAAGGCCCUAAAAUAGAAAUAUCUAAUAGACAGGUACCUGCUGUCUCCCCUUUCCUUUGUGAUUUGUCCUAACAUAUUGAAGUCUGCAGGGCAAUCAAUUGCUUAGUCAAUGGUUGGAUGAUAACCUAUUGUGCAUUCACAUUCUGCUGGACAUGGUGGUUGCCAAGAUGUGGGCUGUAGACCCCUGGGGGAUCAUCCAACUAUUGCAAGAGAACCAUCUCAUUAAAUGACUCAGUAUAAUAGAUAAGCAAAAAUACCUUGUGAAAAUAGAAUAAUUUGUCUCUACACGUAUAUAUGACUACUUUUCAAAUGUAUGUAGCUGUUAUUGUGAUUAAUAAAAUAGAAGUUCAUGUAAAUGUGUUCCUAAAUCAUAAUAGCUUUUUUUUAUGUAUUUUUUAAAUCAGUAGAUACUAAUAAAUAGUGCAAAAUUCCUACCA